ACAAACCGGUUCACAGAGCAGAGUGGAAGCCCGUGAAAGGGGCACAGUUACCGGAUGUUACCCAUCCCUCUCUGAGGGGGAGGAGGAGAUGGAGCCACAUGCAGCAUGGCUAUAAAUAAACAUCAAGCCAAGGCAGCUGCAAGUCAUCAGCACCGCUGGACUGCACUGGAACUCCAUAGAGGGCAUCUCUACACUUUCCACUUCCUAACUAAAGAACGUUUGCCUCCGUUACGGAAGCCUCUUUCAUCACCUGACCUCCAAUAUGAGUACUGCGGCAGAUUGGAUUAUAGAGAACAGGGACAAGAUCGAAAAGGGAGUAGAGCUCCUAGGCAAAAGCUGUGCGAUCCUUGCAGCCACUGUAGGCCAGUUAAAUCCCAUCCUAAAGGCAGUAUUUAUUGUCUCCGCUGAGCUCCUUAGCAACCCAGAGAGCAAAGAGGCUAGGUAUCUUGCUGAGCAGUUUGUGAAGGUCAACCAGAAGCUGGAAAAGAUCGAGGGUGAUAUUAAAAAUGCAAAGCUGGUGAUGCAGCGAUCACUUGUGAACAUGGAGAACUUCAACUUCCAAGCAAAUAUAAUGAGUCAGUAUGAAUAUUUUCAGUAUAUUUUCACAGCCAAACCUGAGUAUAAGAAGUUGAAGCGAGAUGAGUUCCUCAUCUUCUUUGAGGAAUUUGAGGGAGAAAAGAACCUUGAAUGCUUAUAUGAUGCUACUGAGAAGUCAAUGCUGGACAUUAUAGUGAAAUCUGUGCAUCAGAGCAGGAGGGCAGUGGAGGAAUUCUGUACUAGCCUGAAGAAGCUGUUUGUGGUUGGGAUCAGCUCACUGAUGGGCUACGCUGCACUAAAGGACAACACUGUGGAUAAGAAACUGGAGAUCAAAUGGCUUGCCCGCAUGGAGAAAGUGGAGAAGCGCAUGAAGGCAGCAGUGGAUAAAUGUGUUGACAACUUUGCUGAGCAAGCCAAGACUGAUAUAGAUGAGAUGCUCUUGGAGAAGCAGAGCAGUGUCGACCCUGAGUUUACUAAAUCCCUACUGGAGACUCUUGUGGAGAAGUAUUACUGGGUCUCCUGGUCAGUCCGGGUGUUUAACGAUGAUGAUAGCAAACUUGUGAAGUUUCUGUUAGGGAAGAAGCACCAUAUAAAUGGUGGAGUUCACUAUUAUUUUGAACAUUUGUGUGGUAAUAAAAUAAGGGUGGUGGUGUCUUUCACUGCAGACCCUAAACCACUCGACAAGAUCCAGAUAAAGGAUCAAAUAGAGAACGAGAACGGUGGCAUGGAGUCUGUGGCUGAGUCUCUGAGCAAAAGUUUUCCCAACUGCCUUGUCCAUGCCAUCAAUCGCUGUACUAAAGUGGAGGAAGCCAAUAAUUUUGAGCCUGAGCACCUUUAUUAUAAUUCUCACAAAAAAGCACACAUCUGUAUCCACUCUGAAUAAUGGAAUUUAGAUCAAACUAAACAUAUUGAUGUCCAAUCAGAAUCUACACUCUCCAGACUUCUAUUAAUUAAUGAGUUUUACAAUUUUUAGGAUAAUAAAGAUUUGAUUAUUUACAAAUGUAUGAUUUUUAUUAGUAAUGAUGAUGUUAUGGCACUUAAUUAAUGAAACAAGACGGAUUGAGACUGAGGGUCAAAGCACUAAGGUGUGACAUGAUUGAGAUGACUUUUGAUGAAGGCAUUUAAAAAGGAAAAGGGGCUUUGUGUCUUUUGUAUAUUUUUCUCUGUGUUAUAUCCAUGUUGAAAAUUGAUUUUUAAAAAUGAAUACACAUUAAAUCAGAGCAUUUCUACUAAUUUCUCUAUCACUCUACUAAUUUUAGUAGAGUUUCAUGCAUCACUUCAUGCAUUUAUUAUGUAAUACUCUUCCAC